AAGAACUACAAAUCCCAUGAUGCCUCACUGAAAAGACUGAUCGUUGUCUGCAGGGGAAGCUAGAAACAUGUCUGAUACUGCAGGAGAAUCAUCUCCUUUGAAGGCAGUUAUAGUCCCUGGGAAUGGUGGUGGAGGAAAUAUCGAGUCGUGUCUCUGGUAUGGAUGGACUAAGAAAAAGCUGGACAAGGUAAACACACGGCCUAUGAUACACGUGUUUCUGUAAGACAGGAAGGAGUUCAGCUUCACACUGACUGUAGCCAUGACCUGUCUCCUGGAAAGAAAUACAUGAUCUCUUAAAACAGGGAUGGAAAAAAAAACCAGAUCCCAGGCCAUGCAGAAUUAGAAAUGAUAUGCUACUCUGAAGCAGGCAAAGGUUCAUGGGAGUUGUAGUUCAACAGUAGGUAAUGGGAUUUGAUCUAUUGGCGACCCCUGAGCUAAUUAUAGGUAUAUUAGAACAUGCUGAAUUAUUUCAAAACUAAAAACCAAAUACGACUUAUAAAUUAUGUAAUGCUUUUCAACAAGUUGCAUAUGUCCAUUUGGGUUCAUAGGGGUAUUUACUAAGCAGUGAAUUGUGAUGUAUUAAAAAAAAAUAUCUUAAAAAUAAGUGCAAACUAAUUUGAUAUAAUAUGCUCACAGCAAUGCUCUAUUUAUGGGAAAUAAUGUGUAGAAACUUCAAAGAAUCUGUAGAAAGUACAUUUUCCUAUCCCUCACCCAUUACCUAAAGGAUUUUGUCUGUACUGUAAAAGUAUGUGGGCUUUGAGAUUUUCUUGAAGUUGUUUUGUUUUUUACAUUUUUUUUUUUUGUAUUUUAUUUUUAUUUGAUUUAAUGCAUUAUCAUUAUAUUAUUAAUUAAAAUGUCAUCUCUUCACUAACAGGGUUAGUCAGAAAAUUAAAGGGGCACUAUAGUUAUCAGAACCAUUACAGCUUAAUGUAGUGGUUCUGGUGCCCUAUAGCCAUCCCUGCAAGCUUUUCAAUGUAAACGCUGCAUUUUCAUUGCUGUCUAGGAACACCUUUUGGGUGCAAUCACUCAGACAGCCAUUAAAGGUACCUACUAGUCUAGUGCUGCACAAUGUACUGCACUGGCGUUCAGCUUCUCCAUGCUCACAAUGGAGGCUCUAAAACGUUCCCCAUAGAGAUGCAUUCAGUGCAUCUUUAUAAAGAUAUGGUUAUUGGGGCAGCAUUUGGGGCAAUAGCCUCCCAGUGCUUUCCUAUCAUUUUCCAUCAUUACAUGUGUUCAGAUGUUUUUUAAACUUUUUUUUUUUAAAUCUUUAUUUUUGCAGAUGGUACAUGUCACAUAACGAAAACAACACGAGAGAGUAUUUUUUGGCAUAUGAUACAGGAAGAGGCUAUAUAUCACGAUUAGUCACCCAUUUUUAUAUGUAUAGUAGCUACACUUAAAAAGAUUAAAACAAAUAGGCUGUGAUUCUACUGGGUACUCAAAAAAUAUAGAGAUUUUGGCGACAGAAAAAUCUUGGGCACUCCGCACUGUCUCGGAGUCGGCAGAAUCAAGCUUGGUACAGCAGCUAAAGGUUAAGUCCCCCAGCAAGGGAUCGGAUAUCUUCCAAUGGUCCAAAAGGAGGGGGGGUAACGGGGCUGCACUUUGAGGUGCGAGACAGCAAGAGGGAGAUUGUCUGCUUCCCCCAUCCAGCGGAUCAGCAACCCCAGUAGGCCAUAGGACUGGACGGUAGAUUUGUGGAUCGGAGUAGUUUUCUUCUGGAUCAUCAAAGUCCUCUUCACCAGACUACCAGUCUGCUGCGUGAUCUGGUCCACUUCUAGUUUUAUAAUAAGCGAUGAAAGCAGACUUGUAGCUUAAAUUAGCAGGAGCACCUAGCGAAUACGUCCGGCCAUCUUGGCAGUCAUGCCCCGUCUCCCAACUGUUUACCACUUUAUGGAGAAACCAUUAUUCUAAAAGUACAAUGACUCUUUUUCCAGAUCCCAAAGUUCCGGUGCCUGCUUCGAAACAUGCCUGAUCCAUGUAAGUUGAAACAUUCACUGCCAAGCAAAUGGUAAAAAGCUGCAUACUCGUAUGAUGUCUAGAUUGUACAGAAACACACUUUUUAAAUCCCUAAACAGUACUUCAAACAUUAUGUAAACAUUAAAUAUAUACCUUCAUAAAACUGUCUGUUUACCAAAUAGCUGUAGUUAAGGGCAAUGUUCUUUUGCCAAAAGUACCAGCUUGUAAUAAUUUGAAACUAAUAUUUCAUUAUUUUUGGAAUGCAGAUAGAGCAAGAGAAACAAUAUGGCUGCCAUUCAUGGAGACAGAGUUGCAGUGCGACGCACACACUAUAAUCAUAGGACACAGCUCCGGAGCAGCUGCAGCCAUGAGGUAUGAAUAACCUUGGCAAGGUGAAAAGAAACCUUUAGUAGUAUCUCUUGGUGAAUAUUACAUAACUUAUUUUUUCAUAGCUACCCCCAGUAGGUGUAGGGAAUCCAGAGCAUUCAUUCCUUACUUAAAACAGAAUUAUCACUUCUAGUGGCAGUUCCUUGUUCCCUCACUUUAAUAAAUGGUAUUGCAGGGUUUUAAUGGGGUGAAAAAGGUUAUUUACUACCUCUGCUGCACUUCCACAUUGUGGGUGACGGUGGUCCCAUGAUGCCUUGGGCGCACUAAUGCAUCUGUGGGUAUCUGUAGAGAAAUCAGAGAAAUGUUGUGUGCUUGGCACUGCAGUGGGUAGACUCACUUAUACAUGCCAGACUAUGAAAUUUAAAGGAGUACUAUAUGGUCAGGAACACAAACAUGUAUUCCUGACCCUAUAGUGUUAAAACCACCAUGUAGCCCCGCUGGGCCCCUCAUGCCUCCAUAAAUAUAGUAAAAAUCAUACUGUAUUCAAGCCUGAAGCUGUAACUCUGCAUGCUGCUUGCCUGGAAAAAAAAAAAGCAGUCUGCUGACAUCAUCAGAAGUGGUAGAAUGAUCCAAUCACAAUGCUUACCUAUAGGAUUGGCUGAGUGACAAGGAGGCAGAUCAGGGGCAGAGCCAGCAUGAUUCAAACACAGCCCUGGCCUAUCACCAUCUCCUCAUAAUGAUGAAUUGAAUCAAUGAAUCUCUAUGAGGAAUGUUCAGUGUCUGCAUGCAGAGGGAGGAGAUACUGAAUGUUUGGAUGCCUUUUAGGCAGCCAUGACCCAGGAAGUAUCUCUAACAGCCCUCUGAGGAGUGGCCAGUGAAGGUAUCACUAGGCUGUAAUGUAAACACUGCAUUUUCUCUGAAAAGACAGUGUUUACAGCAAAAAGCCUGAAGGUAAUGAUUCUACUCACCAGAACAAAUUCAAUAAGCUGUAGUUGUUCUGGUGACUAUAGUGUCCCUUUAAUGAAAAACCAAACCAAAAACUAGUAAGAAUUAAAAGGGGGAAAAAAAACAGGAAACCAUUGGUUAACAUUUGGUUAACUAUUCGGUCAAGUAAAAAUAUUUCUAGUGAACGUGCCACUUCAAAUGGAUGUUGCAUGCUCCAUAACCACUAAGAUUAUUGUAGUGGAUAUGAUGCAAGGACUCCAAAUUGACACAGGUCUCUGCUCUGUCAAAUUGGCUGUUCUGAAAAUGUGAACAAGAGUUUCAGCAAUGCCGAAUGUAAAUACAUAAUGAAGAAUGUGUCACCCUAUGAUAUAAGUUGAGGCUUGGCUUUGGGUGUUGGGGAAUAAUCUUCAUUUUCGGCUGGUUUUACCUAAAAUGUUAAAUUUACUUAGAAUCCCUGACAAUUCACACUUUAGGGAAUAAUUUAGCUUAAACUGACCUCUGUCAGUGAUGAGACGCAAACGGACCUGUGCGGACUAAAUCCUCAUGGUCAGACCUGGAAAUAGGCCAAUCAAAAGCAAUAAGCAAGGCAAUUCUGAAUCGUAGCACUCAUCAAAAUCCUCCAAUAGCUCAAUCUUCUUUGAUCUUGAAUGGCUUUUGGAACACAAGUUUGUUUUCAGAUCCCUGUAUAGUCCAUUGCCCUUAACCAGCAUUUACACAUGGCUGGAAUCUUAAGCCAACCAAUUACAAAGUCCAACUACUAGAUAACAAGUUAGAUAUGCAGGAGUUCUGAUCUCCUCUGUGUAACAACAUUACUACAGCAAAACCAUCCAAGCGGCUUCAUGUUAGCAGAUGGCCUUACAACAAAUAAAGGUUUUUAAUUAUGGAAAAGUGAUUUUUUUUUUCUUGUUCUCAUCCCUGCUAGUGUAAUAACAAGGUUUCCCUGCAGGUUUGCUGAAAAGCAUGAAGUUUACGCCAUAGUUUUAGUCUCUGCCUACACAACUGACCUGGGAGAUGAAAAUGAGAAAGAAAGUGGUAUGUAAUUUUCUUUAUUUUUGGAGGCCUCAAGUUAACUCUGUUAUGACAGAUCGCUAUAGCCUAAAACAGCUCUCAAGGCAGUAAUUAUAGCAUUAUGUACUUUGGGAUCUGUUAUAACGUUUCUUACCUGCUGCCCAUCUCUGUUUGGCUUCACUGCUAGCACUUUGGCAUCAGAGUGUCCGAUGCUCCCACCUGAUGGUGAUAAAAAGCCUGCUGGGAGAUGGCACAGUGACAAUGAGCAGGAGGAUCUUUGAGAGGGGGCUCUUGCUUUUCCUGUUAUACAAACCUUUGCUUAGACCUGUAUGCCACUGGAGCAGUUCCACAAUAUACAUCUAAUCGCAAAAACAAAGCUGGUUAAGUCCAUUGGACUUGCAGUGUAGGAGAGUGGGGAGAGAGGUACCAAUUGGAAAAGAUCUUGACGGCAAAUACUAAAACCGGGGAAGAGAUAAAGCAAUAAGUGAAAUCUCUUCUCCCACAGUUAAAGCUAUAAUGAGAUGGAGUAUUUUAAGUCCCAUAGGCAAACAUAAUAUGAGAGUAGGGCCCCGUCUAUUUUUAUUACUUAUAAGAAACCGUACGAGCACAGAAUUACUGUUCUAAACUUAAAUGGUUUUAUAAUGUGGUAUCCUGUAAGUUUGAUAAUAGACAUCAUACCACUUACAUAAAAUAGGAUAUUUACCCAGGUGCAUGUUGACACUUUCCAUGUAACCAUUUUACUACUCGUUUUUUUCGUGGUUUUCACAUACAGCAUUGUGUUCCCAUGUUUAUAUUGUAAUCCUGUUUUGAUCUAAUGCAGUAAAAGGAGAAAAUAAUUUAUCUCCUGAAGAGAGAGAUUAGCCGAUUAUUUUCGAAAUUCCAGGGCCAAAAAAAGGAACGUGCCCAAAUCAGAAUUUAUACUUGCAAUUUUUACAUGUUGGAGAUCAUUCCUCUAGUGUAUUCGUAAUGAUGGGGGGUGGGGGGGACGGGACCUCAAAGCAUCAUAUCUACUACAGCUCAUUGCUGUGACAGGCUGCAAGUAACUGGCUACCCUUCACACUACGCUUGUAGUCCAUCUUUGCUUUAUAAAUUUGUAUAGAUAAUAUGGACACUUAUAGUUUACCAAAAUUACAGCAGGUAUUCGAUAAGUCAUGGAGGACUUCUAUAAUAGCAGGUGCCGACUAAGCCCUACGGCCAAAUAAUUGUCUUAAUAAAUAAAAAAAAUUAAAAUUUUUUUUUUAAAGCAAUAACCAUGAAACACUAAAUUUUAAAGGCUAAAAUUACAUAUCAGGCCAUAAGUUACACAUGACAGAUAUCCACAUCAUAAAAUGACUGUGGGUAUAGUAAUCUAUUGCAAAUAAAUAAUGGUAAAUACCAGACAAGUUGAAGUAAAUGCACAAUCUAACUGCUUAAACAUAUUUCUUUAUUUUACCAAAUCUCCCCAUUCUCAGGUUAUUUUAGCCGUCCAUGGCAGUGGGAUAAUAUAAAAUCUAACUGCCGGAAUAUCAUUCAGUUUGGAUCUACUGAUGAUCCUUUUUUGCCGUGGAGUGAGCAGCAAGAAGUGGCAGAUAACUUGGGGGCUGAACUACACAAAUACACGGAUCAAGGACAUUUUCAGAACACAGCAUUCUAUGAGCUGGUAAAUGCUGUGAAGGGGCUUAUUACUCCAAAAUAAACACUGGUCUGUAAAUUACGAGUCAAACUAUGGGCAGAGGACAAAACGUUAAGCCAAAAAUAAUCUAUAAUUUGGUUGAAUUGGGGAAAACCCAUUUCCAAUUCAUCUUUUAUGGCCAGAUUUUUGGAACUUACCUGUGCGAAUCAGCUCAUUGUGUAAUAUUAAAAUUGUUUAAUAAAUUAACAUUUCAGUUGUAUUAUUGUGAAUUCAGCUUUUGUUAUUAUGCAAAUUAGUAAAAAAUUUAAAUGGAGCCUAUCUACUACAAAUUAUAAAAAUAUAUAUUAUAUAUAACAUUUGAG